AUGGAGCUGCAGGAGGCUGCAAAGAGCCGAAGGCGAAGAGUCGUGGAGAAGGCUAAGAGUCAGAGCGUGAAUCGAGAAGAAGGACCAGGAAGCAGCACAUCGAGGAGGGAGAAAAGGGCAGCUGGUGACAUGGAGGAAUCAAGAACGCCCAAGAAGAAGCGCGACAAGGAGACCAAGAGUCCAGAAGAGCCUCGUCAGGGGCUUGGGGGGCUUUUUUGGGGGCGGCAGGUGCGAAGAACGGAAGGAAGCGCACCACAAAAGCAGGCGAUUGAAUCCGAAUCUACGGAUCAAGGGAAAGAAGCCCCAGCGAGAGAGCGGGGUGCUCGCCCAAAAGCUUGGAGCAAGCCUGCUGCACAGGACGGUGCGUUUCGGGACACUGGAGCCGAAGAGCGGCCAUUCAACGUUUUCCGGCCCAAGGUUGGCGUGUCAGAUGACUUCGCAGAUUCUGGGAGGCACUUUGGCAGAACUUCGAGCGAUGACGAAAAGGGACUGGCGCUGGCUGCAGCAGCCGGCUCACGAUUUGCGCACUGCCCGGUGAAUGAGAUUUGGAGUCACGACAAGAACUUUUUGUUCUGCACAGCCCUUUCCGAGCCGGCCCUGCCUUCGGCAUCCAAAAAGGAUCGCCCAAAGCGCAAAAAGACAAAAGCACAUGUGGAAAAGGAGGAGACCACUCCGCCCAAAGGCAAGCGGAUAGCUUCUCCGACGCCAAAGCCCGACAGGUCUGACUUUUCUGUUCAACAAGAACUCGGCCAAGAGACACCCGGCGAGGUGAGGGGCGCCGAAGACGUCAUGUCUGUGAGCUCCGGAAGUGACAACACGGACUACGGCGUCAUGGAUUGCCGAUUCAUCACGGAGAACGAUGCAGCCCUCGGUCUACGUCGCCGGAUCCAGCGCCACAAGACGCGGGCACUGGAGGAGGCGAAAAAGGACGAGAAGAAAGCAAGAAAGAAGGCCAGGGUCAACACGAAAUGA